AUGCGCAUCAAUUACGCGCCCUCUACAGCGCCCACCACCAACCCGGAUGGCACGCCUCUAUCCGAAGCGGAGCAGAAAAACACCGCCGAGAUCUACGAGCGCAUCGCUGCUCGACGUCGCCCACGGCCGCUGAUUCCGCUCGAUCUCGCCCUCCUCCAUUCGCCGCAGGUCGCGGACGGCUACAACGCCUUUGUCGGGGCUAUCCGCACCAAAACCACCGUGUCCCAGGCCAUCCUCGAACUAUCCGUCUGUCGCAUCGCCGUCCUCAACGGCGCGGUCUACGAAUGGAACGCACACGCGCCUCUGGCCCUGAAAGCCGGAGUCGCGGUCGCGCAAUUGGACGAGGUGAUGCACAUCCCGGCGUCGACGUUCACAUCCGAGGGGGCAGUGGCGGAUACGCAGAGGCCAGCGGGGAGUAGCUUGACCGACGCGCAGUGGGAGACGCUGCUCUUCACGGAUGCUGUGACGCUGAAUGUGCGGGUUGACGAUGCGGUGUUUGGCGCGAUCAAGAGCCGGUUCAGCGAGAGGGAGGUGGUCGAGCUGACGGCCUGCAUUGGCGCGUACAACUUGGUUAGCCGGUUUUUGGUGACGCUGGACGUGGGAGAGAACAACGAUAAGCCGAUGAAGGCCGCGGCGGAGAUCCAGGCCGGGUCACACCGCAUCCCGUCUGUUGCCAAGCUGGUACCUCACGAUCUCCGGGGAUGCGCGUGCACAGCCACACAGCGCCCCGAGCUGGACUUCAAGAUGGCCCAUUCGUAUCGACCAUUGAUCCGAAUCAACAAAAAGGGCCGGCCGUUUUCCGUGUGCUGCAUCUGUCGCGGCCCGUGCAAAGAAAGAGAAGAGCAUAGCAAGCUCAACCGCGACAACAAAAAGUCGUCUGAUGGUGAGAGCGAUAGCAAAUCCUCUGGAAAAAAGUCCGCCGCCGCUCGACGACGACUCCGGCCCUCCUCGUUCGCACGCAUUGCACCACAUCCUGCACCACUCCCGUUAUCAAGUGAGCCAUUUCCUGCUACUCAGCCUACCAGCCAAUCCCAGCAGCCAUCGUCGCCUCUGGAUGCUGCUGCUGCUGCUGCUGCUGCUGCUGCGGCAGCCCCAACAACAAUCGACCCGUCUCUUGCUCCGGCUGUCACUCAACCAGCCGGCACCUUCAUCCCCAAUCCGACUCUUCCUACUCAGCUUGACGACUCGUCGUCCAUGGGCUACCCCUACGUGACGCUCCCGAUAAUGGAGGAACCUCUUCUGCAGGCCUCUUCCUCCGCCUACUCGUUUUCCGACGAUCUGAUGUUUGCUACGUCCACGUCCUUUGUGCCGGACUCGAUGUACAUCGGAUUCGAAGACGUGGAUGCUCUUCCUGAAGAUUGGUCGACCUUUCUUCUGGAAUGA